UCGGCUGUUGCCGGCCAGAUGAUGUUUUAUCGAUAUCGCCAUCGUGACGCUUGCAGCGCCCUCAGUGGAGGGGUCCUGUGCGCCCUGUUUAGCUGGUAAAAUCAAAGUCCCCGACCAGACACAGCCCAGAACGUGAGGUGCGAUCAGUCAUGAAUAAUUUGUACGUUGGUGAGGAUCCAGUCGUUAUCAGCCACGCUUUGCUAUCUGCCGUUGUGUUGGAACAAAGCCCAAAGGGCGAAGCUGAAACAAUUGUUGAACGCGAGCCUGUUCGAUUCAACGACGUCAAGGAACUUUCACUCAGCUACAAAAGGAUCCUUCGAAUCGAUAACAUGUGGGAGUUCACGGCUUUGACUAAGCUGCAACUCGACAACAACAUUAUUGAAAGCAUACAAAAUCUCUUCUACAUGCCCAACCUCAAAUGGCUUGACCUGUCCUUCAACAGGAUUGAGAAAAUAGAAAACCUGGAUCAGCUAGUCAAUCUGGAGGAUUUGAGUUUGUUCAGCAACAAUAUUUCUGUGCUGGAAAAUAUGGACAAACAACAAAAGCUGCAGGUUCUCUCCAUCGGAAACAACUGCAUCGAGAAGCUGGACAAUGUGCUGUAUCUGCGCGCCCUGGAGUCGCUAGGAUCGCUUGGCUUGGCGGGAAACCCGUGUGCUGAAGAUCCCGAGUACAAGACGUACGUUGGCGCGUUCCUGCGCAAUUUGACCUACCUGGACUAUCGUCUUGUGCGGGAAGAGUGGAGAGCAGAGGGCCUGAAAAAACACAGUUACAUCAUAGAAGAAAUGGAGCUGUUGGAGCACCGUGACGAAUUUGAAAAGGAGAAGAAAGAAAAGCAAAGCGAACAAGAGGAGCGUUUUAGAGAGGCCUUCGUGGAAGGUUUGAGUGGUGGCCAGUUGUUCGACCAGCUGUUUGAGGACGACAAGGACGGCGAGCAUCUCUCCAAUCUACAGGGCGCGGACGAGAUAAGAGAAACACUUCGUGGACAGGUUGUUCCUGUGUGUAAGCAGAUAUUCGAUGUCGGCAUAGAGAAGGAGAAGCAGCGGGCGGAGGAGAUCAGUCAGUUGGUUAAGUGUCUUUACGAGGCCCGACGAGCGGACCAAGACAAAGCGGUCAGACUUAUGGACGAGUUUCUAGCGGAGAAGGAUGCAUUACUGGGCGACAUUGCCAACGCCAUAGAUUUUGCGGAAGAGACUGGCAUCAACGACGAGACGGAGGAGUCCAUUGACAAGGCGAUCCAGAUAUACAGCGAGCACUGCCAGAAGCUCUGGAGCCAGCUGAUGGGCAGCGAGGUGGUGCUCAACGACGGGCUGGAGGAGGUGAUUCAGGAGUUCGGCAGGAACUUGACGGACAUGGUGUCCAGCAUGCUGGAGGCGACACAGGUACUGUUCGCGCAGCUGCGUGACCUCGAGGCCGGUUUCACGGAGCAGAUCACAGAGCUGGCGCUGCACGUGCUCGAAAAGGUCAUCAGAAACGACGAGGACGUCGAGCUGCCGCUGGAGACAGCUGAGCUGUUCACGGACAAGGAGGUGGUGAUGUCACUGGUGGCCGGCUCUCACGACGCGCACAUGCAGGCGAUCGACGGCAGGGAGGACACCAUGACCUCUCGGCUCAAGACCUGGCUACAGUCAACCAUCGCCAACAUGCUCAAGCUGCCGUCCACCCGUAGGGAGGAAGAGGAACGUAACAGAUCGAGGGUCAUCGAGAUCAACCAUUUCUUGGACAAGCAACGUGACGAGCUAGAUGACUUCGAUGUGCCACGCGUCCAGGUACUCGAAGACGACAUCUAGCUGUAGCCGAUGCUGUGUGUCCAGCCGUGCAUGCUCAGCGAGACCGUACGUGUGAUUUCGGCAACAAAAUGGUGAAUUACUGACCAGGAAAUACAUGGAGCAAAUAGUGAG